AAGCUAAUAUUAAUCUUUUUCUCACAAAAUAUCGAUUACAUACAUAUGUACAAUCUACUUCUACAAAUGUUAAUGAUACGUAAUAAUCUCUAACCAAAUAUUCACAUUUUUUUGUAAUUAAUUCAUUGGCAUAGAAAGAUGUCACGUAAAAAAAAUAAGCACAAAUUAUAAUUUAUUUUAAAGUAAUAUUCACGAUCAUUCACAAUUAUCAGCUGAUUAAUUGGAAUAAAUAUUAAUGACCGAUACGUGUAACGAUUUUUGUAUGCACAUUGAUAAGAAGUAGCACAAAUGAUAUGUAUACGUGUCGGUGACAAUACUAAUAAUUAAUAUUACAAGAAAUAACAACGAAACACGUACGAAUUAAUUCUAAGAUGUUUCGAUCGCAAAUGUCAUUAUAAAAAUUUCGUACUUGGUUUAAAGGUUAGAGUGUAUGAGCACUUAAUGUAUACGUAUGCCGGGAAGUAUAAAAUAAAUUGAAAUUUAAUUUUAUCAAAAGUUUCUUUAAAAAAUAUUUGCAAAGACUUAAUCUAUCUAAAAGUAUUUAGAGAUAUUGACUUUAUUUCUUUGUUUUAUAAGCUUAUUAUUAAUAUCAAAGCUUAUGCAUAUUAGGUGGGAAGCUAAGAAUAAAAGUAUAAUGGGAAUCGACAGCAUGAGAGUUGGAACAGGCAGAUGUUCACCUCUUUUAGUUGGAGGACUCUUUAUUGCAUGUUUAAUGCUUAUUUGCAACUGGUGGACUUUAUCUUCUGAAAAUUUAGAUUUAGUGCACCAAAUAGAUGAACUUAAUGAGCAGCUUAAAAUAAGCGCAGAAGAUAGAGAUCAGUGUGUAACAUUACGCAGUAAAUUAGAGCAAAGAUAUAAACAAAUGGAAGAUGACAUAGCUUAUUUACAUGUAAGAUUAGAAAAGCAAAAUGAUAUAGAGAAAAAAAAUGAUGAACUUAAAGAUUCUAUAGUAAUCUGUAAAAGUGAAUUAGACUCAUUGAAUAAAUUAGAUGCUAAACGAAAAGAAAAUAAAAAACUUCAAGAAGAAUUGGACAGAGUCAAAGAUGAAAUGGAAAAAUUAAAACUUGCUUAUAAUGCACCAGCUAAUAAUAUUAAAUCUGAUCUUACAUUAACACCUACAAGAAAGGUCAUUGAUGCUAGUCAGUUACAUCUUGUUCGGGACUCCGCUAUAAGAAUAUCUGUAGCUGGUCAGCGUGGUUUGAAGUACCAUCAAAUCCCAAUUCUACCAACAGAUCCACCUGGUGCUGUGCGCCUAGCUCCUCGUCUUUCAGUAACAAUGUUAAAAGCUAAAAGAAAUGUAGAAAUAGAAAAUGGCACGACUCAAGGAAUAGAAAAUGACGAAGUAGAAAAAAAUGAUGUAAAUAAUCAAGGAAAUGAGGCAGUAGAAACUGUUUCAUAUGUAGAAAAGAGGAACCAUCAAUUAUCUAAUCAAUCGAUGCAUUAAAUAUCUCUGUGAUAUAAAUACUUAUUUACUGGAUGCCUUGUCAAUUAAAAUGAAUUAAAUAAUUUGUAUAGUAUUUCUAAGAUAAUAACAGAUUAGUUUUGGAAAUAAUGUUCGAAAGCUUUUAAUGUUUGGUUACAGUUAUGCAAUAUAAGAAUAUUAAGUAUUAUUAUACUCAUUUUUUUUUCUUAUUUUUUUUUUUUUUUCAAGAAAAUAUAUCCAUAUCUGAUUUCAUGUAAAAUUAUGUAAUAAAAAGAUUAAGUACAACGUUA